AUAGUUCAAACUCUUAUAAUGUAUACAAUUUUGAUAGCGUUAACUAGUUGGAAUGGGAUAAGACAUUGUUUCUAUAAAACUUACAAGCUACACCUAUCGAAGUUUGUUUUGAUCAUGUAACCGAAAACACGCUUAGUUUAGAUUUAAUAUUCUAAAAUUGAUAGGACCAAAAGAAUAGAUUUACCAAGAAAUAUUUCUAAACUUAGCAAAAAAAAUAUUUCUAACAUUCACUUUUUGAAUAUCACAUUGACGUGUGUUUUAUUAACUUUUAUCCCACAAAUUAUAUAAUUCAGAUCUUUACCACUUUUUGGAUUAAUACUCCAAAAUAUCAUCAUUCUAUUUAAAUAUUUUUAAAUACAAUCAGAAUUGUAUGUUUGAAAAUGGUUUCUAAAAGUUUGGUACGAAAUCUAAAAGCAUUUAAGUGACUCGUUUAUCUUUAAAACAACGAAAAUUGUUGGAAACAACUUGUUUAAAUGUCUGACUUAUUGCAGUAUAACAUUCAUGAUUAACAUAAAGCCAACAAGGCAAAUAAAACUCGACUUGUUAGUUUAGAUACUCAGCUUUUUAUAUUGACAGGCUUGCCCUCGUUAUUUGCCUAUAAAUUUGCAUGAUCUUCCCUCCUUCAAACAACGACCAUAAAGAAACCAACAACACAAAAAAAACACAAUGACCAAAGAAGUUUGCUCCAACAUUGGACUUUGGUUGUUAUUCACGUUACUUCUUAGUAAAUAUGUCGUCGAUCUCGAGGCCUCGCACCAUGUGUACAACAGACUUACCCAAAGCUCUAACAUCAAAUCUCCUUCCGUAAACCAGCCCUACCGGACCGGCUUCCAUUUUCAACCACCCAAGAAUUGGAUGAACGAUCCGAAUGGCCCGAUGAUAUACAAAGGAAUAUAUCAUCUUUUCUACCAAUGGAACCCCAAAGGCGCCGUGUGGGGUAACAUCGUGUGGGCUCAUUCCACAUCAACAGACUUAAUCAACUGGGACCCACAUCCUCCGGCUAUCUUCCCGUCUGAGCCGUUUGAUAUCAACGGAUGCUGGUCCGGUUCGGCUACAAUCCUCCCCGACGGCAAACCGGUUAUCCUCUAUACCGGAAUCGACCCCAAGAACCAACAGGUCCAAAACAUAGCCGAGCCUAAAGAUCUCUCCGAUCCAUACCUCGUGGAAUGGAAAAAGUCACCGUUGAAUCCUCUGAUGGCUCCCGACGCCGUCAACGGAAUCAACGCCAGCUCGUUCCGUGACCCAACCACCGCGUGGCUAGGGCACGACAAGAAAUGGAGAGUGAUCAUCGGAAGCAAAAUCCACCGCCGUGGACUAGCUAUCACUUACACGAGCAAAGACUUUCUAAAAUGGGAAAAAUCUCCCGAGCCGUUGCAUUAUGACGACGGAAGUGGAAUGUGGGAGUGUCCUGACUUUUUCCCCGUGACGAGGUUUGGCUCUAAAGGCGUGGAAACGUCGUCUUUUGGCGAACCUAAUGAGGUUUUAAAACACGUGUUGAAAAUAAGCUUGGAUGACACGAAACAUGAUUAUUACACGAUUGGUACGUACGACCGGGUUGGAGAUAAGUUCGUACCCGACAAGGGUUUCAAGAUGGACGGUACGGCUCCAAGAUAUGAUUACGGAAAGUACUAUGCUUCGAAAACGUUUUACGACUCGGCCAAGAACCGAAGAGUGUUGUGGGGUUGGACUAACGAGUCGUCAUCCGUUGAGGAUGAUGUUGAGAAAGGCUGGUCCGGUAUUCAGACGAUUCCAAGGAAAAUUUGGCUUGAUCGGUCCGGGAAACAACUGAUUCAAUGGCCGGUUAGGGAAUUAGAGAGAUUACGUAUGAAGCAAGUCAACUUACGUAACAAAGUUUUAACAAGAUCUAGACUUGAAGUCUAUGGUGUGACAGCUGCACAGGCGGAUGUGGAGGUUUUGUUCAAAGUGAGAAACUUGGAGAAAGCGGAUGUGAUAGAACCAAGUUGGACUGAUCCACAGUUGAUCUGUAGUAAGAUGAAUAUGUCGGUUAAGUCCGGUUUAGGUCCAUUCGGUUUAAUGGUUCUCGCAUCUAAGAACUUGGAAGAGUACACAUCCGUUUAUUUUAGAAUCUUCAAAGCCCGGCAAAACAGCAAUAAGUACUUUGUGGUCAUGUGCAGUGACCAGAGCAGAUCUUCAUUGGAAGAAGAUAAUGACAAAACAACUUAUGGAGCUUUUGUGGAUAUUAAUCCUCGCCAACCACUCUCCCUCAGAGCCUUGAUUGAUCAUUCAGUAGUGGAGAGUUUCGGUGGAAGAGGAAGAGCAUGCAUUACCUCCAGAGUGUAUCCAAAACUGGCAAUAGGAAAAAAUUCACAUCUCUUUGCUUUUAACUAUGGAUCUCAAAGUGUUGAUGUCUUAAGCUUAAGUGCUUGGAGCAUGAAGUCUGCCCAAAUCAGUUGAUCACGUAUGGCAAAGAUAGAUACAUUUAUUGAGCAUUUAUAUGAUAUGGUUCUGGAGAUCUUAUGUGGUCCAAUUUGUUUGGUUGUGGAAAAGAGUCCAACUUGUAUGUUGAAAUAAAUUUCAAGUUAUAUGACAUUUCAUUUGACUUCUCAUAGUAUUGGUUUACUGUGUUA